UAUUAUUGGUUUUAAACUCUUUCAUGGAGCAGAUCUCGGAUAGGAUGGAACAAUCCAACUGUUUGCAUCCAAGGGCUUGCAUGUCUCCAUAUAUCUGGAUUAUAUCUUGGUACUGUUGAACCAAUGAACACUGCAAACAAGAGCGGGGUUUCUAAUGCUUUACUCCCCUUCUUAAAUAAAAAAAAAAAAGAAUAUAUGAAAUAUAGUCUGGCAAAAACAGGGUUAACAGAAACAGCCUCCCUGCUGCCUUCCUCUUCCACCAGCAGUGACAUCACACUCCGGCAUGAGCCAAUCGGCCUGCAGGAGUGCCCCCCCCUCUCCGCUCCACUCCACUCCUUAUAUCCUCCACAGCCAAGAUCGACAGUGAAAAUGUGUUAUUAGCGGAGCACAGAAGCAGCUGCUCGGCUCUCUUCACUGUAGCUUUCUCUCACCGAAUAGUGACUGGAGACAGACAGCCGGGACUCUGCGCAAUAUGAUGGGAUGCAAGUCAGGACCCUUAGCCUGCCGACAGCAGCAGGUGCAGAUGGAGAGCUCCACUGCCAACCUGGAAGGAGUAGCCCUGGCCAAGCCUGAGCCCCUGUCCACCCUGGAGAGGCUGGCCCUGGCCACGGGAGGCACGGAGAAGUCCUGGUACCGCUGCAUCUUCCCCUUCGGCAUCAUCUCACUGGUCAUCGGGGUGUCCGGCGCGGCGGUCACCUUCUACUUCAACAACCUGCCCAUGGCCAAGGCGGUCUCGGUGGUCCUGCUGGUGGUGGGCUUCUGCCUGGUGGUCAUGGCCUUCGCCUGCUGGAGGGUGCACAAGAGGAAGAAGAAGAAAAGGAAAGAAGGGGGCUCCUUCAGCUCGGAGCAGUGCGCUCUGUGAAGGGGGGGGUUUUUCAG